AUGAACCCCAUCUCUUCCAACCCCGUCUCUUCCAACCCCGUCUCUUCCAACCCCGUCUCUUCCAAUCCUGUCUCUUCCAACCCCGUUUCUUCCAAUCCUAUCUCAACCACCAGGGGAGACGAUGACAGCCAAGAAAAUGACGCUCCCUUCGUAAACGCCCUCCCACGUCCUGGGACUGCCCAACGACAACCCGUGGCAUCGACCGCAUACCAACUCGGCCCUCGAAUCCGACAGACCAAGAAAUAUCUUGACUUUGCCAUAUACGAAGACGAGACGGUCCACCCAAUACCACAAUCCCGCCGUGAAUACUACGGCAGCAACCUCCCAGCCCUCGCCGACAUCUUCAGCGGGAGAAAAUACAGUUACGCCCCGCAUAAUGUGUGGCAUCGCGGGCUCUACAACCUCAUCCAUGGAGCGUCCAUGACGGAGAUGAUAUUAAUACCACCUACUCUGGAGCACGACUCGGGAGAGACUCUUUGUCAUCUUCCUUGGGAGGAUGGCACGGAUGUUGAGGACAGCGAGGAGGCCCGCCUGGUGAUGGUCAGAGAUGAGCCCAGGGCCCAGCUCAUUAAGACGACGUUUGAGAGACUGGGCAUUCAGAACCUGACUGUGGAGAAGUAUAGGCUCAAUGUCCAUUUCACCCCUCGUAGAGAAGAUAUGCACGUCAUUUAUAGACGUAACUUUACGGAGAAUUAA